AGGUCAGAAAUAACCGCGGCGUGUCUGUCUUACGUCCCGCCGGUUAGCGGGAAGGGGGUUUAUGUUACCUCGUUGGUUUUCGUGCGCUGGUGACUUAUCGAUGGUAUAUCAGCACGGAGCCAGUGAAAUAUGAGUUUUGUUCGGUAUCUUUCGGAGCCGUUUGCUUGUUUCUGAGAACCAUGGAUCACGAGAACUGGAUAAGCUGUGAGAAGACAGCCGUGCUGCAGGGUGGAUUUCUGCUGGCCGGGCAGCUCUGCCAGCCGCGCUCGCUGGCGGACCUGGAGAAGGGCGAUUGGAGCCGGGUGGAGCAGCCUGUGCUGCGGGCAGUGGCGGAAGUCUGCGGGGGCGCUAGGGCUGGGACUCCGGACAGUGCUCACUGGAAAAAAAAGAUUAUAUGUAUUUUGUGGAGCAAGCUCCUGGGGCAGGAGAACGGAGUGGACAUUGACGCAAGGUGGCGGGAAGACCCUCUAUUCCCAGCACAGGAGGUUUUUCCCAGUAUAAGCCGGGCAGUGCUGUUCCAGUUGGUCCAGGCAAUGGGCUGUUCUGGGGUAUAUACCGAGCUGCUGAAGUGCUUCCCCGCGCCGCUCCUGUGUGUAGAGCUCAGCAGGCUGCUCGAGCACCUCAGACGGGACAGCUCUCCGCAGGACGCCCAGCUCCUGCUGGAGGUGUGGUGGGAGCUGUGGAAAGACAAGCGUCACAGUCUGCAGAGUCUGGACCGGGCUUUUGCCGCCCAGUGUGCCCGAUACAGCAGCCCCUCCAGCGAGCUCCCGUGUCAGGCUCCCAAGCGGCUGAAAACGGACCCAGACGCGCCUCGCCCUGCCACCUGUGUGCCGUCACUGCUCUUCCAGGCACUGAGGGAAAUAGAGAGCCACGUGAACUCGCCCGGUCUGACCUGCUUUGCCCUCUCCAACUGCCUGGACACUCUGUACUCGUCGUUCUUAUUGGAACAUGCCACCUACACCAAGGGCACUGAUCUGCACAGUCUCGCUUGGGAGGUCCGUCUGAGGGAGGAAUACAGUCGGGCAGCCGGUCCUCGGCUGGAGGAGAUCAUCAGAGAAGCUCAGAGAGACCAGGCUGCUGGCCGGAGCCGCUCGCCUUUCCAUCUGGAGGACAUGUCCCUUCUGCAGGGCCUGCGGGCCACAUGCUCCCUCGCCCAGGCCUGGCGGAGUCGAGGGCUGCUGAAAAUUCCAGACGCGGAGGUGCUGGGCUCGGUCACCCUGAGGCUCAAACGAAGCCUGCUGCUCGUGAUCCGUGCCUUGGAGGAUCUGCUGGGGUCUGGUGGGUUAAUGGAAGCCGAGAGGCAUGACGUGAGUGACCUGAAAGACCAGCUGAAGGACCUGGAGGUGCUGGCUCUCCCUGAUCCACAAUGCACUUCUGCAGAGAUGGCUCGCGUUGCCAUGGCAAUCAUCGACCAUCGGCUAGAGGGACAUGAGGAUGUGGCUCUCAGGUUUGCUUCGGAGCUGGACUGGGCUUCCAGCGGGACAGAGUGGAUCAGCUGCCUGGAGAGAAACAAAGAGGUGUUUCAGCACAAAGACCUGGUUCUGAAGCUGCUCUCCACCCUUGCUGUGAUGUGCCAGCUGGAGGCUGAUGUCCUGCAGUGUAAGAAGCUGCAGUCCAUCAUCGCCGACGUCUUCUCGGAGCUUCCGCUGCUUUGCAAGAAUGAGACGCUCGUGGCGGUGUUGGCAUCUUGGGGACCAGGGGGGCUCCGCGGCUUCCUGCCCCAGGCGCUGUCCGAGGGCUUUGCUGAGGAGCUCAACCUGGCCUUCAACAGCAUCAUUCAGAGCAGGGCGGAAGGCAGCAUGGGCCCCGCCGUGUCCGCCGUGGCCCGUGUAGCGCUCCAGGACCCUCAGGCCACCUUGCGGCGCUGUUGCCACUUGGCCGUGGUGAACCUGGGGGCCCAUUCUCUACUGGCCCAAAUCCUCCAGCAGCUGCCAGGGCUCUGCUACCCCCAACCCGGGGCGGGGGCUCCGACUGGGGAGAGCCUGCUGUGUGGCUGCCUGCGGGACGCCGUGUGGGAGAAGCUGUCCUCCUCCAAAGAGGAGGAGCAAUUCCUGCAUUUCGUUUCUGCCUUAAUGGAUCCAGUCGCACUGCCGCAGGAAGCAGCGGUGGAGCCCUUGCUGGCUCCUGAGGAGGUUCUGCGUACCUUUGUCCUGCCUUGCUUAUCACCCUCGUCUUCCUGGAGGCUGGAACUCUGCCUGCAGCUGCUUCUUGCGGCCCUGAAGUUGGCGUGUCGACCCAGGGUGACGCACUGGGUGAUGAGCUGCUCCCCUUUCCCCCUCCUUUUCACUCUUGGCCGGCUUCUGGAUGACAGCUGCAGGUGCUGGGAGGAGCCAGCAGAUGGCAGCCUUCGCACAUCCAUGGAGACCAAAGAGCUGCUGAUCCAGGCUUUGAAUGUGCUGGCAGAGCUGGUGGGCCAGGAGGUGGCCGCCGCCCCCGACUCCUGGUCCAGGGCCCUCUUUUGGCUCUACAGAAAAGCAGAAACCCUGGACUGGACAGUGCGCCUCCGCUUCCGGCCCGUGUGGGGGGCACACUUCAAAAACGAGGUGCCAAAGUCACUGCUGGAUGUGUGUGAGCUGCCAGAGCAGGACUGGUGUCCCCUGAAGAUGCCCCAGUAUGGACCGGGGACGGGGCUGCUGGCCUGGGCCGAGUGCUGCUGCUACUCCGACUCGAUGCAGGAGAAGCUUCUGAGCUGGCUGAGCCUGAACCAGAGCCAGGCGGAGGACGUCCGCAUGUUCAGCAAGGGGCUGAUGGUGGUGCUGACGCAGGUGCUGCCCUGCUGCACCAUGGCGGAGUGGGCCAGGCUGCUGGGGGCCGUGCGCGCCCUGCUGGUCUCGGGCCGGCUCUAUGUCCCCUACUCGCUGGAGUACGUCGACUUCCUGCCGCUGCUGGACCUGCGGCCGCUGGCCACCGAGCUGCGCCUCUCCGUGCUGCUCUUGCGUGUUUUCCAGCUGCUCUGCGGCCCCAGCUGCGCAGCCUGGCUGUCUGCGGGGGGUGCGGCGCACGUAGGCCGCCUGUACGCCGUCGCCGUGCGGGGCAUGGCGUCCUCGCUGCUGGAGAAGCUGCCGGCUGCCACGGCCGGUGACUGCGGUGACAGUGCAGCGGCGCUCCUGUUCGCUCUGACCCAGGUGUUCUGCCACACGCUGCACGUGCAGGUGAUGCUCCCGGGCCCGGCCGAGUCGCUGUGCCUCUGCGCCCUGGAACUUGUCACGCAGUGCCAGGCCGUGCUGGCCGCCCACCCCAGCUCCAGCUCCGCCCUGCAGAGGGACGACAUGCGGCACUUCCUGACAUCCAUCGCUAACAAUGUGCAGAGUGUGGAGAUGAGGACUGCGCUCUGCCAGAAGAUUGCUCAGCUAUGAAGGCACUCGGUAGAAAGAACCAUGAAUUUAAAAAAAAAAUCUGCACAUAAAAUUAAGUUUUGUGGUUAUGUUAAAUUGAGCUGUGGCUGAACCUUUACAGUAAAGAUGGAAAGGAAAAAGGC